CUCUCAUCUGCCACAUAUGACACUCAGAACCGUUCAUCUCAUCGCGUCCCGUAAUGCCGAAGCUCAACGGGCGCAUUUUGCGAUCUUUGUUCCUGCUGAUGGGGCCCCAGAGCAAGGAACCUUGAUCGAAGCCGUGGGCGCACCGAUGGCCGGCUAUAUGCUGGAAUUCAAGCGAAAUUAUUCCCCUUCCGAUGAUUCUAUCGAGAAACACGAAAUCAUUCCGAUCGGGGAGAUCGACUCUGCCAACAUCGUCGACGAUGAUUCAGGCAUUAAGCGUGCGGAUGCCGAUCCAAGGGGUGAUAUUGAGAUUGUGGCUUCUCAAAUUCCAACACCUGGGAUUAGUGAAAAUUUCUUGGCACCAGUCAACGAUACAACCAAUAAGCGCGAUCAAGAGUGGACGAUGGAGUAUGUCCGCCACCUUGUGGGUAAACGCCUCCUCGGAUCAGACGCCAUCCAGAUCGUGCAUAGGAAGCGGGAUCCGCCAACCCAUGGUCUAGGCUUCCAGCCUAGCCUGCGACGCUCAGUUUGAUAGCAGUGGGAAAUCACAUGAAGAUGACCCGUAACUCUAGCGGGAGACAACCACACCACUGAUGGAGCUAUGGGCAUUGUCUGAUUACUUGUUUUCUUGUUUGUCCGACAGGAUUUUUGCUCUUGAAUAAUUCCCCCGCGUUGUCUUCGAUGCUGGUAGUUAACGCUGUCAGACAUGGUAGAUGCCGGUGAAUUCCAGAUUUACUCGGAGCUGUAGCAUCUGGAAAGAACUUAAAUUAUCUUCAGCUUAGCAGACGGACUACAAAGUAGGCAAAUGGGCGC